AUGCCGAGCGCCAAAUUAGACACGUGCGUCCUCGUAGUAGGCGCCGGCCCUGUAGGAGUAACACUGCAACUGCUUCUUUCUCGUUUGGGAGUACCAUGUGUAUUGGCCGAGCGCAACGUGCUUCCUCGCCGUCAUCCGCGAGCUCACUAUGUCAGCAAUCGUUCAAUGGAAGUUUGGAGACAGCUGGGGCAUUUCGACAAAGCGAUAGAGUCUGUGAGCGAGCCUCUGGAAUGUUGGCGCUACUUUAAGUAUUGCCGACACAUAACAGAUCCACAUGUCAACCUCUACGGAACUGUUGAUCAUUUUAGAGAUGCGUAUACAUACAAGGAUACAUACUUUGAAGAGCUUAGCCCCAGUAGGAUAACCAACAUGCCGCAGCACAAGCUCCUUUUUCUUCUGAAGACGAUAGCACUUAGUAGAUCCCAGGUCUUUCCGACAAUUUCUGACAGCGCAUAUUUAUCAUGGGUUAAAAAUCAGUACGACUAUGUGAUGAAAACGAGCAAAUUCGAUGACGCAAAGUUGCGAAAGCUAUCCGAAGUGCGGGGCCCUACUGUACUUCCCCUAGACAUUCAUAGCAUGCCAGGUAAUAAGCAGUUUACGGAGACUGGUGUUCCAUUCAUUGAUGGGGGCCUUAGGUUUGAUAGGUUUCUGGAUGAUGACAUGACCUCGGGUGUCGUCUCCGAGCUGACCUCCGCAAAGGACGACAAAAAGAUACACAUCAGAAGUGCGUUCGUCGUCGGCGCAGAUGGCAUUCACAGCAAAGUGCGUCGUUAUAUUGACGGCAAGCGUCGUGACUCAACUUCCAGCAAAUGUGAAAGCAACCUGUUAAGGGACGUUAUGAGCAUCUACUUCAGUUCCUCUCACCUUGGAAGCCUCGUAGAAUCGAACCCCGCAAUGAUUUACUUCAUAUUUUCCAGGUCCAUAAGCGUCCUCGUUUGUCAAGGUGGCAGACCUGCGGAGUUCGUGGUGCAGCUGCCUUUUUUUUCUGAAAUGGAGGAUCCGGCUGUGUACGACGAAUCUACUUGUAUAUCGCAUAUAAAUGAAGCUGUUGGAGUAACUUUGAAAGACAUACGCAUCAUUAAUAUCAAAAAGUGGACCGUAUCUACGGAGAUCGCAAAAUCGUUUGUAGACCGAGACAGCUGCCGGGUGAUGGUAGCUGGUGAUGCUGCUCAUAUUGUCGCCCCGGCGGGGGGUCAGGGAAUGAAUAUGGGAAUAGCGGAUACGUACAACUUGGCGUGGCGCCUUGGGCGACUCUUCUACCGAAGAAUUCUGAAAGGUUGGGAUCAAAUGAAUCAUAACAUCAGAGAACAACUGUCAGAGGAGGAGAAACGGUCAAUACUUGAGUAUGACAGCGAAAGACGAGCCGUUGCAGAGUACACAAGAGAAGUGUGCCUGGCAGAGAUUGCAAAUGGCUCCAAGUUUGCCACUUACCUUCACUAUGACCACGCCAUGUUACAUGAGCUCAUGGGUUGGUUGCCAACGCUUGGACCUGUAGCAUCGAAAGUUGCUUGCAAUGCUUUUGAUUUAGUCAAAACUGCGAUGAAACACGCGUACUCUACGCCAAAAGUUAUGCAUUCCAUUAGGAAUGGGCCAGGCGCUGCGCUGGCUGAAGGUGAUACUCUUGGCCUCGCUUUUCCAGGAUCCGAUAUGGCGUACGCAUACGGUGGUUUGGGUGGAGUUUCGGUGUCUUCCUCUCACCGUGAAUAUAAACCGACCUCUGUGAAAGGGCGGAGAAUUCCCCACUGUUAUGUCUACUCUACACUUCGAGACUCAGUGUUCAAAUUCUCGACAGUAGACCUACCAUCUUUCGUACAACCAUCUAUUUACUUCUGCUUGAUGGUGUUUUCGCCUCAAAUGGCUAUUAAAUUGCAUAGACUGUUGUCUGAAAUGGACCCACAAAAUGAGAGUCUGUCAUAUAUCUGUGUAUGGAACGUUGACCAGAUGAUCGCCUCUGAGAGCGCCGUAGUCGAGAUAGAUGACCAGCCUUUUGUGAUGAAAAGUUCGGAGAUCAAUAGAAUUGGGGUGGAACUUGAAACGAGUGAGCCGAGCCAACAUACUAAUAGACACGAUGUUUUGGGAGGCUCAACCCACUUCGUUUUCCCAACGCUGAAAAAUACAGAUGACAUACAAAAGCUGAUCGGCGACAUGACGCUAAGAAUGGAAUCAAAGGGAAAGAUACUGACAAAGCAUAUAUUUAGUUUUAAAGGCAGUUUGGACAACUUUUCGAAAUCCCUCCUAACCAGACAAUUCGACAUCAGCGAUUCGGUGCUGCUGCUACGGCCUGACGCGCACAUAUUUGAUUGGUGGCCAACAACGGAAGAUAUAGAUAUUAAAAUAAAAUCUUAUUUAAACCAGUUGAAUUCUAGCUAA